UGGCAACCUCACCUUCUGGUAACACUACCCGCUACCAUUAUCACCAUGCCGCUUUGCGAUGCGGCCAUCGGCCCUCGUGUCGACCCGUCUUGCCGUUCCUUUGAUUUUACCCUCUAUUUCGAGGAUGUCUCCUUUUCGAUUGCACCAAAUGCUAUUCUCCUCGUGCUUGUCGCUCUACCGAUCGCGCGUCUGCUAAGAGGCCAAAGCAUUGUCAAACGCACGAAAGCAGUGACCUUUAAAGCAGCGGUGUAUUCCACGCUUUUAACAUGUCAAACGAUAUUUCUCGUCCUCAGAGCUCGGCAGCCCCAGCUGCACACCCCUACUUCCAUUGCCGCGGAUGCGCUUGCGAUAGUGGGCACCAUCGCCGCCUUUACCCUCUCCUGGCUCCAGCACCACCGCUCCGAGCAGCCUUCAACUCUACUGGCCAUUUUCUUCGCCUUUCUCUCUCUACUUACCGUAGCACGCGUCAGGAGCCUAUGGCUCGUAUCGCAUGCGACAGGACCGGCAGUGCUGCAGACUCUGGUCCUUCUACAACAACUUUGUGUCCUACUCUUGGAGUCGCUUGGGAAACAGAAGGCCCUGAGGUUCCCUGACAAGUUCCACUCUUCUGGCCCAGAGCCGUUCACUGGAUUUUGGAAUCUUGUCGGCUUCACUUGGUUAUUCGGAACCUUACGACAUGGAUACCGCCACAUCCUCUCCGUUGACGAUCUCCCUAAUCUCGAUUACCGCCUCGACUCGGAGGCUCUCCGCGAAAAGCUUGCUAGCACCUGGUCGAAGUAUAACAAGACCAAGAAACGUAGCCUCCUGUUGGCAUGCUUCCACGCCUAUGCGCCUUACUUCCUGUCGGCGAUUAUCCCGCGCCUGAUUUUGAGCGCUUGCAAGUUUGCACAACCUUUCAUGAUUACUAGGCUCAUCCAUUUUGUGGGUGACAAGAGCGUGCCAUCAGAGAUUGGAAGAGGAUUGAUAGGUGCCUAUGCACUCAUCUAUCUGAGCAUGGCUCUCUCUACAGCGCUGCACGGCUACAUGACCUUCCGAUUCCUUAUCCGUCUACGAGGUGGACUUAUCGCCCUCAUAUAUCAGCAAACCGUGGACGCGCGAGCCGUUGACCUCGGUGACAUUAAUGGUCUUACGCUCAUGGGUACCGACGUGGAGCGCAUCGUCCUCAAUUUCUUGACGAUACAUGAAGUCUGGGCAUCACUUAUGGAUAUCAUAAUUGCAAUCUUUCUGCUCCAAAGGCAGAUGUUCCUUGCAUGCCUUGUCCCUGCAUUAGUUACAUUCGUGUUCGUGUUAUGCACGUUUAAAUUUUCGACUUGGGCUAAAGCUGCCCAACGGGUGUGGAUUGAGAACGUUGAAAAGCGACUCGGUGUCACCACUGUCGCACUCGAAGCCAUGAGGACCGUCAAAAUGCUUGGACUUAGUGAGAAGCUGUCUAGCAUUAUCAGCAACCUCCGGACAGCCGAAAUCGAUAGCUCGUCGAGAUAUCGCAAAGUUCUCAUCUGCAUCAUAUUUUUUUCCGUGUUGCCUCAGAACCUCGCACCGAUGCUUACAUUCGCGGUAUUCUACGCCAUCGCCGUAGCGAAAGGGAACAGCUCAAUCCUUGCAGGACAGGCAUUCGCAUCACUGUCGCUCAUCUCUCUUGUCACAUUGGCAGGCUUGACCUUUAUCAGGGCUAUACCUGCACUUAUCCAGUGCUUUAGCAGCUUCGACCGGAUACAAGAGUACUGCACUCAACCUGUUCGACCACAACAUGGAUUGGAGGGUCGUGGCCCGCAUGGAACACCCUUUGGCAAUGUCAACACAGGGUCAGAAGUGGAAUUGGCUACAAUGCAGCAAGUCUGCUCUGACUCGAGGGAGGAGAAUCCCAUCGUCCGGUUCCGCGACCAGGACGUUUCAUGGGAAGCUGGGGGCCCUGCAAUCUUGCGGAACCUCAGAGCUGACAUUCAUACGCGGCGCUUCACCGUCAUACUUGGCCCGACAGGAAGUGGCAAAUCGACUCUUUUAGAGAAUAUACUGGAUGAGGCAGUUACAUUGAAGGGUGAUACCGAACGACGCUUCUCCACAGCGGCCUACUGUGCUCAAGUACCGUGGUUGAUUAACGGGAGCGUUCGAGACAAUGUCGUAGCCCACUCUCAAAGUCAAAUGGACGAAAAGUGGUACAGAACCGUCAUUUGGGCCUGCGGACUGGAGAAUGAUAUCGCAACUCUCAGUAAUGGGGACCGCACUCCGGUUGGAAAUGGUGGGAGCAAUUUGAGUGGUGGCCAACGACAGCGCGUCGCCCUCGCGCGAGCCGUUUAUUCGAGACAGAGGCUUGUCCUUCUGGAUGAUGUAUUCAGCGGUGUGGAUGCGCGCAACACUGCGCUCAUAUCUGAACGGCUUCUCGGACGCCAGGGACUCCUCCGCAAACACCAUACCACUGUAAUCCUCGUCACUCAUUCUCCAUCCCUUAUCGCUCUGGCCGAUGAUGCCAUCGUCGUGGAGAACAGUACAAUUACAGAGUUCGGUAAUGUGAAUUUAUUGAAGGCCUCGAAUGGUUAUAUCGCCAAGCUCGAUUUGAAAGCGCCGCCAGAUACAAGUGAAGUCGAGCAGUCACAUCAGAAAGAGAUAUCUUUCCAAGUCGCGGCCGAUCGGAACAACGCAGAAGGGCUUUUGGAGCUGAACGAUGCGACGCAGGACCUGAGACGCCAGACUGGGGACGUAUCCGUCUAUAUAUACUACUCCCGGGCUGGCGGUCAUGCUCUCGUUGCUUUGAUGCUAGUCACGGUGGCCUUGUGGGUCUUCUGCACUGAAUUCUCGGUCAUCAUUGUAGAUUGGUGGUCUGCAGCGAGCGAGAAAACUCAAGGUCAGACUAACAACGGAUUGUACCUUGGGGUAUAUAUUGGUAUCGGAGUCGUUGGAGCAGGCUUUCUACUCACUGAAUUGUGGCUCCUGUUUGUCACCAUCAUAUCUAGGACCGCGAAGCAUCUCCAUGAAGAUCUGCUCAAGGCGGCAAUCCGCGCUCCCUUACGAUUUUUCCAGGAGACUGACGUUGGCUCUAUUACCAACCGCUUCAGCCAAGACAUGGAACUGGUCGGCCUAGAUCUCCCCACUAUCGCUGCCAAUUACAUCAUUUCUGUGUACGAAUGUAUUGCCAAAGUGAUCCUACUCAGCAUCUUCGGCAAAUAUUUAUCAGCAACCAUACCCGUGAUCGCGGGAUGCGUUUUCGUGGUACAGCGGUUCUACUUGCGAACAUCUCGUCAGGUACGACUGCUCGAUAUCGAAGCCAAAGCCCCCGUGUAUCUCCAUUUUCUCGAAACGGCCAAUGGCGCCAAAACGAUUCGCGCAUUCGGAUGGCAACAUGACUGCAAGGAGAAACUCCACGCUCUGCUCAACCGAUCGCAAAAGCCAGUGUACCUACUCUAUUGCAUUCAGCAAUGGCUUGCCUUGGCAUUAGACCUGAUUGUGGCAGUACUCGCCGCUGUACUUGUCACAAUAAUGGUGGUAUGGAGGGAAUCAUUUGAGCCAGGAGCCGUCGGUGUCUCGCUCUUGUCGGUAAUGACUUUUAACCUAAAUUUAGCCUUGCUUGUAAAAUCGUGGACCGCCCUUGAGACCUCAGUCGGUGCCAUUGGUAGGGUGAAGUCCUUUGUGGAGGAGACGCCGUCUGAAGAGGUGGACUUGGGAAUAUGUCGACCUCUGCCUGGGCCCGAAAACUGGCCGACUAGAGGGGACAUAUCUUUCCGAAACGUCACAGCAUCGUAUAAAUCCGGCGGCGACCCGGUCCUCAAAGAUGUUUGUCUUUCUAUCGCCGCUGGGGAGAAAGUAGCUAUCUGCGGACGCUCCGGUAGCGGGAAAACCUCCUUCAUAUUGAGCCUGAUGCACAUGAUACGGUUCGAAGGCACCAUCUCGAUAGAUGGAAUCGAGACGCAUGAUGUGGUUCCGUCCGAUCUUCGCUCUCGCUUCAAUGUUGUUCCCCAGGAGCCUUUCUUGAUGCCCGGAUCGAUACGGUUCAACAUUGACCCGCUGGAGGAAGUCCACGACGAAAUCAUAACUGCGACUCUGCGAAGACUAAAGAUAUGGGAGCGAGUGAAGGAAUGUGGAGGUCUUGAUGCGCAAACAUCGCUAUCCUCCUGGUCGGUUGGAGAAAGGCAACUGUUGUGUAUGGCACGGGCAAUGGUUCGCAAGAGUCAGAUUCUUAUACUUGAUGAGGCCACAAGCAGUGUCGAUGCUUUGACAGAGUCUGUCAUGCAGGAGGUCGUAGACAAAGACUUCUCAGCACAGACCGUUCUCGCUGUCGUACAUCGGCUCCGAUACAUUGAAAGAUUUGAUAAGGUUGUCGUGCUCGACAAAGGUACACUCAUAGAAUUCGACAGCCCCGAUGCACUUUUGAGGCGCGAGUCGGUUUUAGCCGAAAUGUAUCGGGCAGGAAGCGCGGCAGAAGAAGCCCUACCCGGCGAGUCGGUACGAGCGUAAGGGCGGCAACAUCGCAAGAAAAGAAAAAGAAAAAACGCAGAUGAGGUAGCGAACGUUAGGUCUAAAUUGUCAAUUUUGGGGUCCGGUUCAGGUUUGUAGAAGAGCUUUCUAUCCAGUGAAAGAAGCUGGUCGUAGUUGUGUUGGCGGAGACAGUUAGCACACGCUUGGUGGAGG